UUAAAUCCACUUCUUCAGAUGAUAUGAUUCAUGUCCGAUGUUUUGUAAGAAUUUGUUUCAGCUCAAUAUUGCUUUGCUGAAGAUGACUCGCUUGUUGCUUCAGAUCCCUCGUUUCGUACUGUGCCAGUGUGUGGAUUGAUCCGUACACAUACAAGCUAUUUUAGGGUUACAUAGGUUCUUGUGCCAUCACUCGUGUAUCCUUUAAAGCACUUUUUGCUCGUGAAGAAGCCAUAUUUUCAUAGGGUCGUUAUUCAAUUGUUGAAAAAGGUAUUGCAGGUAUAAUAGCAAUAAAAGAAGGUAACAUUACCUGCUUCAUUUUGCGAUGAUAGUGUUCUAGUUCAGUCCGUUUUCCAUUCCGCCUAAAUAUCAUCUACCGAAGAAGACUAAUAUUGUCAAAUGCGUUCAAAAAUACGAAGAUGCUUCACAUUAAAGAAGUUUUUAUAACGAUAUCGUUGAUGUUGAGUGUGUUGCGCGUUUCUAACGCUUGCAACGAGGCGACUUGUGGAAGCAUCGUGAGUAAGUGCUUGUUGACGGAAUCGUGUACUUGUGACGUGCAUAUAAGGACUUGCUCCAAGGAUUGCUUCAAUUGUUUGGGACAUUUGUAUUCGGAUUGCUGUGCUUGUGUAGACAUGUGUCCUGAAACCGAAGAAGAUUUGGGAUCAUUGAACAAACAAUCCGUAGUUGAAGAUUUCCAGGAGGCAGUACCGCAACUAUUCGAAGCUCUUACAGAGUUUCCAGAUCAGCUUGGACAAUGGUCAGCACUCGAAGUUCCCGUGAACAUCAAUAUAAAAGGCCAAGAUGACACGAUCACCGCCAAGUCGAGAUUCCUAUCCGUCAAUUGCACGGUAGUUUUUUGGACCCAAUGCAUGAGUUGGCAGAAAUGCAGAAACGGUUGUAUUUCCAUGGGCGCUUCGAGUUACAGAUGGUUCCACGAUGGUUGCUGCGAAUGCAUCGGACAGAGCUGUGUCAAUUACGGUUUGGACGAGAACAGAUGUCCCCAAUGUCCUAAAAAUAGGACAGAAACUUCAUCAGUCAUCGAGAUGGGCCAAAACGACUUGGAUUAUGGUGAAGAAGACGAUAUGUUGGAUUAUGGAGAAGAAGAUGUCUAAAAUCUUUGAAGUAUCAUCCAUAGCUUCAUUUAAUAUACUCUGUUACUAGUCUACCUUUGAUAUUCUGUGUGUGAAAUGCGCAGUAAAAUAAUAAAUUUUGUUUUGUGAGA